GGGCAGAGCAAACAGGGAGGCUCGUGCGCUGUAGCUGGAAUAGCAUCCAGUCAGCAACAUAUUCUUUCGCGUUUCUUCCCGGAUGUUUUGUCCAUUUAUCGCAUGUGCUGCGUCGAAUCGACUCCCAGCAGAAAGGGACACAAAAGGUAGAAUGCAGCAAGUUGAGAUUGAGAUGCUGUUUGAUGAUCAACAUGACCGCCCAACAGCAAACAUCGCGGGCCCACAAAUGGACAGCAAUGCCUAACCUCCCCUCCUGAUCCCCGCCUGGGCCCCUGGAACCAUCCCGCAGUUUAAUCACAGCCCCUGUGUCCUCCAACUGGCUGUCUUGUGAGCAUGGCUACGCCUUUCCUGUGGAAGCUGUCAUCCCAGAAGCUGGGCUUCUUCCUAGUCAGCUUUGGGUUCAUCUGGGGCAUGAUGCUGCUACACUUCACCAUACAGCAGCGGGCCAGCCAUGAGAACAGCGCCAUGCUUCGACAGCAGAUCCUGGACCUCAGCAAGCGCUACAUCAAAGCACUGGCUGAGGAGAACCAAAGUGUCAUGGAUGGACCCUAUGUUGGCACCAUGACAGCUUAUGACCUGAAGAAGACCCUUGCAGUGCUGUUGGAUAACAUCAUGCUGAGGCUGGCCAAGCUGGAGUCCAAGGUAGAAAACAUCUACAAUGGCACAGGGACUAAUUUGACCAAUGGCUCCAGCCCCUCCACACCCAGCUCCGCCAAUUCGGAAAAAGUCAAUGUGGCAGAUCUUCUAAAUGGAGCCCAGGAAAAGUGUGAGCUGCCUCCUUUGGAUGGCUUUCCUCACUGCGAGGGCAAGAUCAAGUGGAUGAAGGAGAUGUGGCGCUCAGACUCCUGCUAUUCGAGUUAUGGUGUGGAUGGGUCCACCUGCUCCUUUUUCAUUUACCUCAGCGAGGUGGAGAACUGGUGUCCCCGCCUGCCUUGGAGGACAAAAAGCCUGAAUGAAGACAUUGAUAGGAGGGGACAGGCAGAAAUCCGGACCAGUUUUGAAGAGCUGUACCGUAUGAUGUCUAAGCGGGAAGAGUUCCGCUGGAUGAUGCUGAGGAUCAAACGCAUGGCUGAGCCAUGGGUCCGUGCCAUUCGAUCGCUGGCUGCCAAGCAGAACCUGACCAAGCGUAGGAGAAAGAAGGUCCUGGUCCAUUUGGGCCUGCUAACUAAAGAGUCAGGCUUUAAGAUUGCAGAAAACGCCUUUAGUGGCGGCCCACUGGGUGAAUUGGUCCAGUGGAGUGAUCUCAUAACCACGCUGUACCUACUAGGCCAUGACAUCCGCAUCUCUGCUUCCCUGGCUGAGCUCAAAGAGAUCAUGCGGAGGGUGAUGGGAAAUAAGUCCAGCUGUCCCACUCAAGGUGAUAAGGUUGUUGAACUCAUCUACAUUGACAUUGUGGGCCUCACUCAGUUUAAGAAGACGCUGGGACCUUCGUGGGUCCACUAUCAGUGCAUGUUGAGAGUACUGGAUUCAUUUGGGACGGAACCAGAGUUCAAUCACGCCCAUUAUGCCCAGUCCAAAGGUCACAAGACACCGUGGGGGAAGUGGAACCUUAAUCCUCAACAGUUUAACACCAUGUUCCCUCACACGCCAGACAACAGCUUCCUGGGCUUUGUUGUGGAGCAGCACCUCAACGCCAGCGACAUCAAGCACAUUGAUGAUAUCAAGAGGCAAAACCAAUCUCUAGUCUACGGCAAAGUUGACAAUUUUUGGAAGGACAAAAAGAACUACCUGGACAUUAUCCACAGCUACAUGGAAAUACACGGCACCGUGCACGGCACCAGCACUGUGCACCUCCCAAGCUAUGUGAGGAACCACGGCAUCCUGAGCGGCCGAGACUUGCAGUUUCUCCUCCGAGAAACCAAGUUGUUUGUGGGUCUGUCCUUCCCAUAUGAGGGUCCCGCCCCCCUGGAAGCCAUCGCCAAUGGGUGUGCGUUCCUCAAUCCCAAGUUCAACCCACCAAAGAGCAGCAAGAACACCGACUUCUUCAAGGGGAAACCCACCGUGAGAGAGUUGACAUCGCAGCAUCCCUACGCCGAGGUUUACAUUGGACAACCUCACGUGUGGACUGUGGAUAUUGACAAUCCUGCCGAAGUGGAAAGAGCCAUUCGCUCCAUCCUCAGCCAAAAGAUUGAGCCUUAUUUGCCAUACGAGUUCACCUGUGAAGGUAUGCUACAGAGAGUCAACGCCUUCAUUGAAAACCAGGAUUUCUGUCACGGCCAAGUGAUGUGGCCUCCACUCAGUGCGCUUCAGGUGAAAAUGGCCGAGCCAGGACGUUCCUGUAAGCAGGUGUGUCAGGAGCAGCAGCUCAUCUGCGAGCCCUCCUUCUUUCAACACCUCAACAAGGACAAGGACUUGGCCAGGUUUGGCGUGGACUGCCAGACAGUGGAGUCGAGCGCGGACACCAUGGUCCCAGCCUACAGCGAGAGCCGCCACCACUGUAUCUUUCAGUCCGACCUGCUCCUCUUCAGCUGUGCCGGCGCCCACCAGUCGCUUAAGCGCAUCUGCCCCUGCCGUGACUACAUGAAAGGCCAGGUGGCGCUGUGCAAAACCUGCCUAUAGCAGCGUCGGCACGCAUCCUAACAGGAGGCAACGCCAGGGAGGAGAUCCGCUUCCGACAUCCGAAUAAAUGGAGUGGAUGUGUGUUUAAAGGACUGCCUUGCCAGAUCCAAAUCACUCCGACUCCUCCGUGGGAGACUUUGGAUGGAAAAACACAAGACCGUGUGUUGUCAUAUUUAUUGUUUAGUUAGCACCUCUUCAGGAACAUUCCAGAAGUCGUGUAACGAUACUUGAAUCAACAAAAGGGAGUCAACUUUGACUUUUGUGCAGCACAUAUCAGUGAGCGGCUGCCUUUUUGUCUCCAGGCUGAGCAGUGCAACCAAGCACCAAGGAGACCCCAGCUAACUAAUCCGACCCAUCGUCCUCCCCCUUGCCCCCUUCAUCCCUUUAUGUAGGUUGACACUGGAAGACCCACAUGCCCGACACGAAGGGGCGUGGCUUAUCCCGUACAAAAGAGAUGGCUAGUUUUACACUGUAACCAACUUCUGUACAAAAGUAAUGAAAGUGAACCUUUGAAUAGAGAUUUAGAUUUUUAUUCUGGAAGUUUUAGGAUUUCCGGAUAUGGGCAUCCCAUGGGCUACUCUUACAAGACAGAAAUGUCCAGUUGUGGACAUUUUGAUGUGGAGAUUGUUUUUUUUUCCCCCAAUUAAUUCACAUGUUGCACAGGAAUUUGAAACAUUUUUCUAUGAAUAUGUAGAGCAGACUAAUAUCCAGUAGAGGCCAGUAGGUUUAUAGAGAUGGUUCAACUUUUCCACACGGCCCCUGCGUCUCUGUAGCUUAGUCACCCCGUGGCAGGAUUAUUAUUAUUCAUAUUCAGCGUUUCGCAUACAUUCAUUUAUUUGAGGCAGCUUGUUAUCAUAACACCUCAAAUAGGAAGACUUCAAUAUCAGAGAGAUCAAUAUUGCCAACUUGGUAUCCAGACGAGAUACUCUUAUUUUGAAAUAAUGCCUAGCGACUUUUUUCUGGACACUUAUCGAGACUUACUCAACGAGCAGCCGUUCACUAUGAGCGACUGUCUCGUGAAAAAAAAAAACAUAUUUGAUUUACUUUUUAUGAUUUUUUUUGUCAGUUUUGUUUUGUCUCCCACAGCAUCCAUAAAAAUAACUAAACAUUUAAAAAAUGGAUAUUAUGUCACAUGAUCAGAGGUGACUGUAGUCAGCAGCAGUCAUACCGCUGGGCAGCCUUCACCUCGUUCUCAUUCUUUCAGAAGAAAAUGAAUAUGAAUAGUGAUUCUGAAUGAUUAUAUUUAAAAUUGAUAGGCUCUCCAGAAAAAAACAAGUCUAAAAUAUUGUGUGGGGAAGUGCACUACAUUUAUAUUUAAUUACAUUUAACAAUAUUAACACUGUAUAUUGUUUAUUGGUUCAAAGUUUUUUUUCUUUAAUUUAUUUUGUAUACAAAUUUGAAUCUCUUUGUGUUUUUGUUCCUUAUGUUUAUUUAUAAAAAGGGUGUCUUAUUUAUGGAGAGUUAAUUUGAAGAAAAAAAAUACAUAUUUAGGAUGACCACCAGGGGGAGGCAUUGUAUUCUUCUAAUGGCUUGAGCAGUAAAAUAGAGGUCCUGUAGGUUUAUAGCCAUACAGAUCUUUUGCCGAUUUGACCACCAUGGAUUUCCUGCCUCAAUUUAGUCGCUUGUUUUUAAAAGCAGACAAGAAAUGUGCUUCAUUUUACUGUGACAGCCAGCAGGGGUUUCAUAGCCGAGCUCUCAAGUGGCUUAACUUUGAACAUGUCCAGUUCCAUCGCCUCUGACACAGACUGUUUUUAUGUUGACUUUGUUUUUUAUUUAUUUCCUUUCUCACAAGCCAAUGGCUUAAGUGUUUCAGAGAGCAUGAUGAUGUGCCUUUUUAGGACUUUUUUUAUGGUAGGUUCCCAUCCUUACCUUUAUCUCUAACAUCAACUGACUUCCUCCGGUGUAUUGAACUCAAAUCACUUUUUUUGUUCUUAUGCAUUAAAUCAGCCAAAUGAGCUAUUGAUUUCUGUUAGUGCAGCGGGGGUCCAAAGUACAGCCCAGGGGUCAUUUGUAAAAAAUAAAAAUAAAAAAUACAGCUAAAAUGGAAAAAUCUGCAGUCAUUUUAAAAUACUUAGAGAAAAACAUUGGAAUCUAAUGAGAAUUUCAUCAUUUUCAAAGAAGGAAAAAUUGCAUUUUAGUAGCAUAAUUUUGAAAUAUGAAUGAAAAAAAGUCAUAUAUGAGAGGCAAAAUGGCAAAUAAAGUUGGCAUUUUUGGAAAAUUAUGUUGCAGAAAAAGGAAAUUUACAAUAAGAAAGUGGAAAUGAUUUUUUUUAUAAACAGCUGUAAUUUUAUGAAAAAAAGUCAAAAUAUGAUGAGGAAAAAGUGCUAUUCUAACAAGAAAAAAGUUGCAAUUGCACAGGAUUACAUUCAUUUGAGUAGCAUAGAGUUCAAAUAUUAAAGAAACAAAGGAAACAUUUUCAUUUUUGGAAAUAUAAUAUGGUAGUAAAGUCGCAUCACAGAAAGAAAAUUGACAAUUCAGAAUAAAGCUGAACUAUGUGAAAUUUUUUUUUUUUUUAAACAAAGUUCAUAGUAAUCUCAUUUCAUUUUUCAGUACGUGGCUCUUGGUGGAAAAAGUUUGGACAGCCCUGUAUUCGUGUGGCAGCUCAAUGAAAGGAUAAUACUGUUAAUUAUAUUCCAAAGUGAUUUAUAUUAAUUUAGCACCAGUGUUCUGUUUUUUUUCAAAUAAAGUAACCACUGGAUAAUUUGGACGUUAGUGGCCGAUAAUAAGUAGAAGGGUAUCCGUUAUUGCUUGUAGCACUACUGGACACAUCAUGGUUGUUCCAGCGGUUGUAUAAAAAUAGCAUAUUAUUCAUUCAGCCUUUGAUUUGCCUUAUUGACGUUUUGUCUUUGCCUCGAAACAAAUGCAUGUUCAUGGCGGUCUAUUUUGCAUUUACCACAGUGGCUUACAAGUAGAUAUUUCACAUCUGUCACGUCUUUACUUCUGCUUUAAUAAGAUUUAAAGGAAGCAGUGGUAUUGUCCUUUCAUUGGAGGAGGCAGCUGAUACCAAGCGUGGUGUGGCGUCUACCAGGAAACCAGGAAAGCACUGAAUUAACCAUCCUCUUUUUUUUUUGUGUCAAACUUCUGCAUCAUUUUUUUGUCUGAUGAUAAUGUAAUUGCGUUCUUAUGUUCACAAUUCUCCAUGAAUAAGAGGGAUAUGUUGUUGUUUUUU